AUGAGCGGUUUUCGAGUUGAGGAUUUAUUAUCGGAUCGCGAAAAAGAGUCAGAUGAGUCAACAAGCAAGUCUUCAAAUGGUUAGGUUUUUGUUAUUUUUUUUGUUGGAAUUGUACCCUAAAAACUUUAGCAAGUCUGAAAAAAAUAAAAACAGUGAAAAUUUUUAAUUUUAAACAAUGAUUACUGUACAACUUACAAGGUUCAAGGCACCCAAAGACCCAAGUCUGUCUUCAGAAUUCAAAAAUCUGAAAAAUCUAAAUAUCCGAAUUUUUUCCAGACCCAUCAUCCGCCAUCAAAACCACUCGUCGCCACAAAAUCCGUCGAGCUCGAACAGCUUUCACUUUCGAUCAACUUGUCACACUUGAAAACAAGUUCAAAUCUUCAAGAUAUCUCAGCGUUUGUGAACGUCUCAAUCUUGCUAUCCAACUUCAACUCAGCGAAACUCAAGUCAAAAUCUGGUUUCAAAAUCGACGCACCAAAUGGAAGAAGCACAAUCCUGGACAAGAUGCAAAUGCACCAUGUACACCACCGAGUUCGGAUGAGAUGACGAAUCAAACAUCGAAUAUUUUGACGCCACAAGUUACCACUUUUGCACCACUGGUGAGUUGGAUUUUGGGAAAGGAAAGGAAAGGAAAAUACUGUGGAAAUUUUGAAUUACUUUAAAUUACCCUGAAUUAUAUUGCGGAAAACAAUUCCUGAUGUUGGUCCAAAAAAUUUCAAGGUUUCAUUUCAGGUCCCAAUCCAUCUUAUGCCUCAAAUAAUGCCCCAACUCGACCUCUACAAACUCAACGCACUCUUCCUACAACAACAAAAACUCUCAUAG